GUACGCAAUACAAUGCGAGCUUGUGCCCUCUCGGCUUCCGUAACCUGGAAGUGCUCAACCCCGCCCCUCCCAGUGUGCUUUGUCACGUGGUUCACAAGCGCCGACGAAAUGUCGCAGUCUUCAACGCUGGAGAGCCUCGUAGAGAUGGGAUUCUCCCCGUCCAGAGCGGAAAAGGCCGUGGCUGCCACAGGCAACCAAGGUAUAGAGUCUGCAAUGGACUGGCUGAUGGAACAUGAAGAUGAUCCUGACAUAGAUGAAACUAUUGAAACUAUUGAACCCUUUGGCAAUGUAAUAGGCAGCCAGCAGAUACCCCUACCUGGUUCAUUUGUUUCCUUUACAGAAGAAAUACAGGGUUUAACUGAAGAGGAGAGAGAAAAACAGACAAAAAGGAUGAUGGAACUCAUAGCCCAAAAGCAACAAGAACGUGAAGAGCGAGAAAAACGGGAGCGAAUUGAGCAGGAGAAACAGAGGAGGAAACACGGACAAGAGUUAUCUGUAAUCAAACAAAAACAUCAAGAGCAAGAGAUGCAGAAAGCUGUAGAAGAGAGGAGGCGAGAAAAACAAGAGGAGAAAUUGGCCAGAGAGCGUGUACGGGAUAAAAUUGCAAGGGAUAAAGCAGACAGAGCCAGAAAGUAUGGUGGAGAGACAUCAGAUCCAAUCUCCCCUCCAGCAGAAACACCUGUUCAAGCCUCCACACUCUCCCCAUCUUCCCCAACACAGGAGCCACCUACUAAGAAGGAGUAUGAUCAGUGUCGUAUACAGGUCCGCCUCCUGGAUGGUACUGCCCUAUCGCAAAUAUUUCGCGCACGAGAGCAGCUGGCUGCUGUCCGUUUGUAUGUGGAACUAAAUUGGCCCGGUGGCCCACAAGAACCUUUUAACCUUAUGACGAGCUUCCCACGUAAAGUGUUUACUGAAGAAGAUAUGGAAAAGCCACUGCAGGAGCUUGGUUUGGUGCCUUCAGCUGUCUUGUUUGUCACAAAACUCUUGGCAGCGUAAAGACUACCAAAAAUAGAAGAGACCCAAGAAGAUGGCAGAGAAACCAAUGUGGACAAACCUGACGGCUAUCUUUCUGCAAGGAUCACACAGGACUAUUGCCCUUAUCUCCCCAAACUGUGAUGUGCUAGCAUAUAUAUUUUAAUGGGGAAAUAAACCAUUGUGUGAAAUCCUUAUAUUUAGUAUUUUGCUUAUGUGACAAAGAACCC